AUGGCGGCUUCUCCCCUUCCUUCCUCGCCAUCCGCGUCUACCCCGGCGAAGCCUCUUUGCGCUUCCGUGUGUCGGGUCGCUGCCUCGUUUGCCGUCUCUUCUCGCGUUUCCCGCCUCUGCUGUCCCUUCCUGUUCGUCGUCUCGCUUCUUCACGCUCGCACAGAUGCUCUCCAGUUCCAGCUGCCUCAGCCUUCUUUCCCCGGCGUCUCGAAUUCCCCCUCUAUGGCCGCGAGACCGGUCCCCAGCGCUUACCUCUCCGUGACUCCGUCCACACUUCCGCGACUUGCGCCGCCGUCGCCCCGCGACCUCGGUUUGCCGGACCAGAAGUCGCCGGCUGCCGGAGAGAAGCUGGCGAGCUUCGCUCCGCACGCGCUCACACAGACACGAGAAUCUGCGUGUUCGCGGACGCCCGCCCUCGGCGCCGCCUGCGGCGACGCGGAGCUCGAACUCGAGGGCCAGCCGACCCCGCUGGCGAUGACGCUGCGGUCCUAUUUGCGGUGCCACGUGUCGCUGCUGUCUGAUACGUCUCCAGCGUUCAAUAAUGGAAAUCUGAUGUUUCUCUACCGCGCAGCAGACGCGCACGAACGCCUGAUCUCGCCGCUUGAGCUGCACACCAACGCCCAUCAUCUCCCUGGAGCGGCCGCAGCCCGGACCAUGGUGUCUUUGGAACCCGAAGCUCUGGAGGCUGCCGUGCCUCCGGACUCGGGUGUAGCUACAGACAAGCAGGCGACGCAACAGGCCUUUGCCCACGAGCUCCUCAAGUUCGAAGUGCGCCGCCUCCACAGGCUUCUCCAGUUUGCAUGCGCUGGACAGGUUCGCGGCGAAUUCCUCAACAGAGCCUCGACGAAAGUCAUGCUCGACCUCAUUCAGGAAGCCGGGGUUCCGCUUUCCACCAUCCUGGACGCGUUCACUCUGAUGAGCAAGUUCUACGAGAAGAAGAUGCCGGCCGACGCCUUCAAGAACCACUUCAAGCCUUCUCUGGACGCGCUCGUCUCCCAGCUGCUCGAGAUUGAAAAGGAAUUUGCCGCGGAAGAGAAGACGACCUCACGCCCGGUUUUGAGCAAGGUCACCUUCGAGCCGGAGCCGGACAGCCGCACGCUGACUCCGCUCCUCGUGGACAUCACUACCAUGGGCGACAAGCUGCCGGGAGUUGCAGCCUGGAAUAAAAAGGCCUAA